AUGGUAUUCCAAUUAUUAUCACUGGAUGAAGAUACGUUACAUGAGCACAUAUUUGAAAGAUACGUUGAAUUAGAACGAAAUUCUGCAAAUUUAAAACAAGAUCUAGGGAUUCAAUCUCGAACGGGAACUACAAUAGAGAUAGAUAUUGAACCACCUCUAUUAACUACGGCAACAAAAACAAUUAGGAAGAAGAAGAAAAAUAAAGUGAAGCAAAAUGGGAGUCGAACAGAUAUUGAAUUGUAUAACGUUGUCGUUGAACAAUCUCUAAGUGAUCUAAAUUCUAGUGUAUCCAAUAAUAAUUCCACAACAGGGUAUGUUCUUUGGUCGAGUACACCGUUUUUCUUAAGAUGGCUAUUAUAUAAUGAUGAAUCAGAACCAUUGCGUCAUCCAAGUGAAUCAAUAAAAGUUGUUAAUAUUGAUCAAGAUAUGAUAAAGAUUCCACCUAUAUAUAGUGAAAUAAAUGAUACAAAAGUUGGUAUAAUUGAAUUAGGAACAGGUAUCUCACCAUUAAUGGCGGUAAUAUUAUCAAAUCAUGUUGAUUAUUAUAUUUGUACAGAUCAAAGAGGUAUAUUAAAUAAAUUGAAACAAAAUAUUAAGGAAAAUAUAUCACAAAUAUCAAGACGUGAAUGUAUAUCAAAAUCAUUAGAGAUAAAACGAUCAGAAAUUCAAAUAGAAUAUGAAUCUGAUACAAUUGAAUCAAAUGAAAAUAAGAAACGAUACAAUAGAGCCUCGAAAACUUCUACUGUAUCUAUUGAAGUUGAAGAAUUAGAUUGGGAAAAAUUUGACAUUUCUGUUAAUCAUCCAUAUUUAAAUCAAAUUAGAGAUGAUUGUGAUACGAUAUACAUAAUUGCUAUGGAUGUAAUAUACAAUGAAUACCUAAUUGAACCAUUUCUCAACACAAUUACAAAUUUGAGAAAAUAUCUUUCAAAGAAUACAAAAGGUACAGCUGUCAUACAAGAGGUGAAAUGUCUUAUAGGUGUACAUUUAAGAUCACAAGACAUAGUUACAGAAUUUCUCGAACAAGCUAUCAUCAACCAUGAAUUACCCGUCUACAGUAUAUCAGACAGUUCCCUUGACGCAUCAAGGUAUGCAUUCUACUUGAUAUAA